AUGGCUGCUGCCGCCGCCGCCGCCGCCGCCCUGGCCCUGCCCGCCCCAGAAGGGGACUAUCGGGGAGCUCAGCCCCCCACCCACUUUUUCUUUCACAUGUCGAAGGAUGGAACAGGUAAAGGAACUCGAGCCCUCGCCCCGCCCCCGGGUUUGGAAGCGACCUGGAUUCGGGUCCUGGGAGCCGCCCCCAGUUUUGGAAACGACCUGGAUUCAGCCUUGCAAUCCCUCGAGGGCAGGGACUCUCCUUCCAGCAUGUGGUACACGGCCCUGCCUGGAACCAGGGCUCAGCAAAUCCGGGUCAAAUUCAACUGGCAGAACCAUCAGAACCAUAUUUCCCUGCUCGGCAAUCCUCAGACCCAAAGAAACUGCCCGAACGAACCUUCUACCCUACAAGGGCCUGCAAUUUCUUGGCCCCUAGCAGUGGGUGAAUUCCAGCAGUUUUCCAUGGGGUUCCGCCCCCAGCCCAGCCCCCCAAAGAUCAGCUCCGAGGCCUGGGAAACAACCACUGCGCAGGCGCAUGACCAGACCAUCCCGGGAACCGACUCCCCCUGGUGGUCUUCAGGGUGCAUUGCGCUCUCCGCCGGCUGGCUCAGCCUCAAGGAGUCCUUCCUGCUGUCUAACCACAAUCCCUCCUGCUGCAUUCCCUGUUCCUCACCUCUCCAGGUGGGGAAACUGAGGCCCAUGGUUGGGAAUGGGGAGGAGGUAGCUGAACCUGGUAUCCAUCUCCCUGCAGGACUCCUAGGGGGUCUCCCAGAGGCAGCGGGUCAGCAGAUCCUGUCCCUACUGGUUGGCCGGCUCUUUGUCCACUCCCUGGAACCGGCGGCAUUCCUUGGAGUCGGGGACCAUGCAGGACCGGUGCCCCACGAGCCCAUGACCUUCCACCCCCACCUGCUGGACCACCCAGACUUGCCCAAGUGGCUGCGCUACACCCAGCGCACCCCCGACCAGCCAGGCUUCCUCUACGGCUCUCCCACCCAGAUUGACCGCGGCCGCCUGGUGAUUGAGAUCACAGCCUAUAACAGACGCAGCUAUGAGACGGCCCGGCAGAGAAUGGUCCUGGACAUCGGAGACCCCACAGGUCCCCGGCUCCCCUUGGAGGCUGAGUUCCUUCUUUGCAGCCAUGAUGUGGAGGAGGCUCUAGCACUGCCCACGACCCAACGCUUCCUCGAGGCCUUGCAGGGUCUCUGGGCCCCCGGAGAUCUGCAGCUCCUCAAUGUCACCUCCGCCUUGGACCGUGGCGGCCGCGUGCCCUUGCCCAUCGAGGGCAGGAAGGAGGGGGUCUACAUCAAGGUGGGCUCCGCGAGCCCUUUCUCCGACUGCCUGAAGGAGGCCAGGACCCCCAGCAACCUGCAACGCUGUCAGCAGGGUCAGCAACCCGUCCUGUCGUGCUACGACAGCUUCGGGCCUCAGUUUCGGAUCGACUGGUGCAACAUCUCCCUGGUGGAUAAAUCCGUGCUCCCGCCACCGACUGCAGGACCCACGUGGGGUGACGGGAUCCUGGAACAAGACCCCGAUUUCAACCCUCCCACCGAAGCCCCCAGCCGCUCCUUUCUGGCCGAGGCCCUGCUCACUCUCCUGCUUCCCCUGCUGCUCGCCCUGCUGCUCACAUUGCUCCUAGCCUACAUCAUGUGCUGCCGACGAGAGGGCGUGAUCAAGAGAGACCUGGCCACCUCGGACAUCCAGAUGGUCCAUCACAGCUCCAUCCUUGGCAACACAGAGGAGCUACGGCAGAUGGCGGCCAGUCGUGCAGUGCCUCGUCCCCUGUCCACACUGCCCAUGUUCAACGUGCGGACGGGAGAGAGGAUGCCCCCUCUGUAUGACAGUGCCCGGGUGCCCCUCAUCCAGGCACAGCAUUGACGUGGAAAGAGGCAGGGAUGAUGAGGGGCAGGGGGCUCUAGCUGUGGGCAUCAUGCCCAUGGCAGGCACCCUCUGGGUAGUCCCUCUUCUUGUCCCUGGGCUCAGGGCAGCCUUCACCUCUGGAUAUAGCCCUCCCCAACCCCCGGCCAGCAGUACCCUCCUAUCUCCCACCCCAAGAACUUCUGCUUACCCACACAGGCCCCUGCCACUGACCAGCUAGGGCCCCAGGGUCUGGAGACAGAGGGGAGGGUGAGGAGAGAUGAUCUGAACAUG